UCGGCGCUGGCGAGCUAUCGCGAGCUCGUCCGUUCCCUUCGAUACUUGACGUGGUGAAAUUGGGCAUUUGGAUCCAGUCUUGCAGGACAUUGCGUUUCGGUGUUGAAUCGUCUCCUCUCUUGCUCUUUCUCUCGUUCCGCAUUCUCUCCUCCGCUUUCGCCGAGUGGUCUCUGCCGUCGCGGAGAGGCGCAAGAGGUUCGAGGAAGGAAGCAAGACGAUGGCGAUGAUGGCAGUGUCAUCCGGCAUGGCUCUCAAGUCCAGCGUCUGCGUUGGCAAGAGCGACUUCAUGGGCAAGACUGCCUUGAGGCAAUCCGCCGCCCCUUCGUCGUCGAAGACCAAUGUGUCUUUCACCAUCAAGGCCGCUGGAUACGAUGACGAGCUCGUCAAGACCGCUAAAUCUAUCGCUUCUCCCGGACGUGGUAUCCUCGCCAUGGACGAGUCGAACGCCACUUGCGGCCUUCGAUUGGCGUCCAUCGGCCUCGAGAACACUGAGGCCAACCGACAGGCGUACCGCCAAUUGUUGGUUCAGACCCCCGGACUCGGCGAGUACAUCUCCGGAGCCAUUCUUUUCGAAGAGACCCUGUACCAAUCCACCACCGACGGAAAGAAGAUGGUCGAUGUCCUCGUAGACCAGAAAAUCGUUCCCGGUAUCAAGGUCGACAAGGGUUUGGUGCCAUUGGCCGGAUCCAACAACGAGUCCUGGUGCCAGGGUCUUGAUGGUCUUUCAUCAAGGACCGCUGCCUACUACAAGCAGGGUGCCCGCUUUGCCAAGUGGAGGACUGUCAUCAGCAUUCCCAAUGGCCCAUCAGAACUCGCCGUCCAGGAAGCCGCCUGGGGACUUGCCCGCUACGCCGCCAUUUCUCAAGACAGCGGCCUCGUGCCCAUCGUUGAGCCCGAGAUCCUCCUCGACGGAGAGCACGGUAUCGACAGGACCUUGGAGAUCGCCUCCAAGGUGUGGGCUGCUACCUUCCACUACCUGGCCCAGAACAACGUUCUCUUCGAGGGUAUUUUGUUGAAGCCUUCCAUGGUCACCCCCGGAGCCGGAUGCAAGGAAAGAGCCACCCCUGAGGAAGUUGCCAAGUACACCUUGAACUUGCUGAGGAGGCGAGUCCCACCCGCCGUCCCCGGAAUCAUGUUCUUGUCGGGAGGUCAAUCCGAGGUUGAGGCCACCCUCAACUUGAACGCCAUGAACCAGAGCCCCAACCCAUGGCACGUGUCUUUCUCCUACGCCCGCGCUCUGCAGAACUCCGUCCUUAAGACAUGGAAGGGCCAACCCGAGAAUGUCGAGGCCGCCCAGAAGGCCUUGUUGAUCCGUGCUAAGGCCAACUCUUUGGCCCAACUCGGAAAGUACUCUGCUGAAGGUGAAGCCGAGGAAGCCAAGAAGGGCAUGUUCGUCGAGGGAUACACUUACUAAGGAGGCCAGCAGCUUCACGAAUUUGUAUUUUUUAGCUAAGCGCGCAGGUUUUUGACCAAUAGUUCUGUAGAAGAAUUUCACAUUCAUGUGGUUGAGCAGUUAAGUACUCCUGCGGAACGAGGGGAAUGCUCAGGUCACAAAAGAGUGGCACUUUGGAAUAGCGUUGAAUAUUAUCCUAUCCCCAAUUACAACGAUAUCCGAAAACUGUAACGGUGAAUAGUGAACCAUCUCUGCAUUUGUGUAGAACGCUUGAAAGGUAGCCAGUGCAAACCAUUCAUAUUGUAUAUGGCCUCGAAGGUUACUUAAUCGACGAAAAGUCUUGACGAAUUAUAUCUUGAUAUAUUGAGUUUUCUGUGCGAACAGUCUAGAGAUACAACGU